UGAAGCUGUGGUCAUUGUGUGUAUGCGGAAACACUGAGGGCGGUAAAAGAAGAGGGAAAUUUGAAACUGGGAGGCGCUGUCGGCUACAGCUGUUAACAGGACACAUUCAGCUAAUUCGUCUGUAACCUCGAUGACUAGGCUGCAUCGUUUUAGUCUUUUACGUGUAACGUAAAGUCAUAAUGGAUCACUACAGAGACCAGACUCUGAAUCUGGACUCUCCAUCUAAACAGAGUUAUGUUGGAAGUUUUUACCAACCUCCAGAGAAGCUGUCAAGACCUCUGUACAUGGACACAGCCACAAAUCCACAGGAAAGAAAGAGCUCAGGUGUGCAGGACAUCAGCCCACAGUUUUAUCAAACCGUACCUGAUGCUGGAAGCAGAGUGAUAGCUGCCCUGAAAACGCUGCAAGAGAAGAUGCGACGGCUGGAGCUGGAGAGAGUUCAGGCAGAGAGGAACGUCCAUCAGUUCCCUAAGACUGUUCGACAUAAGUUGGAUGCUUCUGUACAGAGAGGACCAUGUCACAGCACACAAGAGAAUCACUCUACACAGAGGAAAGAGCUGGUUUCCAAGCUUCAUUCUGCAGAAACGCGCUGCUCUCUGCUGGAAAAACAGCUUGACUACAUGAGGAAAAUGGUGGAGUGUGCAGAGAGAGAGAGAAUCACUCGCACAGACAAAGAGGACUCUUUGUGUAGGCAAAGCACACAUACAGACCAACAAAUGCAGACACAACUCAACAAAUUGGAUAGGCUGGAAAAGGAGUAUCUUAAACUUACCAGCACACAGUCAAUAGCUGAGAGGAAGAUUGAGCUCUUAGAGCAGAAACUUUUAGAGGAGCAACAUGAACGCAAAAUUAUGCAGGAAAAAGCAGAGGAGUUGCAGCGAGAGCUUGAAAACAAUCUCCUGUCCCUUUCUGUUGUGACUCAACCUAAAGGCAAGAAAAAAAAGAAAGAAAAGGGCUCUUUCAAGAAGCCCACCUCAAUGAAGGUGGAGGCACCUCCCACUCCAAAGGCUAAACACCUCCCAUUUGUGGCUGGAACAUCUACCAGUCCGAGUCACUCAGUCAAUGCCAAUGUUCAGAGUGUUUUGCACAUGAUGAAGCACAGAAACCCCCAACUGUGUGAGAGAGUCAGUGCACUGCAGAAGUCCGUUUCUGAGAACCAGCAGACCCAGCGCAGACCUCCGUCCCCCCCCAGCAAAGCAGCUUCCACACUGGGCGGCCUUUCUGAUAUUCUGCUCGCCCUUCAGGAUGAACUGGGACAGAUGAGCUUUGAACACCAGGAGCUGGUCAAGCAAAUAGACGAGACCUCUAAACGAGAGCUUCGUGAUGAUCUGGAGAGAGAGCUGGACUGUCUGGUCAAGAGAAUGGAGGAGAAAGCAGCUCAGAUCUCCAAACUGCGCAAGCAUCAGCAAACGGUUCAGAAACUGUCCCAGCCAUCCUGUAGCCCCAAACAAAAGCAGCAGAAGCUUCAUAGGGCUGCCAGCGUAGAGGCCAAAACCAGGGCACAGAGUGGGGUACAACCACUGCCACCGUCCCCUGUCAAAGCCUCAGCCAGCACGGGGCAGAAACACAGCAGAAGCAGUCAGGAGUCUCUGAGGCUCCUCAAACAGACACAGAAACUGUGCUCUAGCCUCCGCAGACAGGACAUUGCGUGGGAAACGUAGUUACACUUCCCUGAAACACAUUUGGGGCUUAUAAGUGUUACACUGGAAUAAUUAUAUUUGCCCUCAGAAGAUCAGAAAACACUGAUUCAUCUGAAAAAACUAUAUGACUCUGAAUGACUUUCAUGAGCUUUUUAAUUAUUCAUAUUUUUAUUUGAAUAAGUUGUGAAUAAAAUAUAUGCAUAUAUUUAUA